CGUUUUCAUGGUUAUUAAUACUUGCCCAGUAUAUAUGUUAAGAUUAUGCGUUUUCAUAUGAUUAAUUUGAUUGAUUCAAUAAAAAUGUGUAGCUUAGAGAAAAGAGGCAACAUCUUCAUCCUAACACUAACCGGCGACGGUGAACACCGUCUCAACCCCACACUUCUCAAUUCCAUCAAAUCCACCCUCCGCCAUGUACGUCAACAAGCCACCACUUCCUCCGCCCUCAUCACAACCGCCAAUGGAAAAUUCUUCUCCAACGGUUACGACAUCAACUGGGCUAAGUCAAUGCAAGACAUGAUCCUCAUGGACGAUUUACUCCGAUCCAUCAUCUCCGAUCUCAUCUCUCUUCCUAUGCCUACCAUCGCCGCCGUCACCGGUCACGCCGCCGCCGCGGGUUACAUGCUGGCUCUAUCUCAUGACUAUGUUUUAAUGCGAUCUGAUAGAGGAUUUCUUUACAUGAGCGAACUUGACAUCAAGCGUGUUAUUCCGGCGUGGUUUGUUGCCGUCGUUGAUGCUAAGGUUGGAUCCGCCGCGGCUCGGAGGAAAAUUGUGAUGCAGGCGGAGAAGGUGACUGCUAAGGAGGCGGUGAGGUUGGGUAUUGUUGAUUCGGCGCAUGACAGUGCUGAGGAGACGGUUAAGGCUGCAGUUGUUUUGGCCGUUGAUUUGGUGAAGCGUGGAUGGGAUGGACACGUGUAUGCUGAUAAUAGGAAGAAGUUUUUGAGUAAUGUGAUUCAUGCUGUUGAAGAUACCUCUGAGAGGAAAAUUGAAUCCAAACUUUAGUAGUUUGGGCUUUUUUUUUUGGCAGAUAGUUUGGGUUUGUUAUAUUGGGCUUAAUAAUGUAUGUGUCCUCCUGUCAAAAAAAAAAUAUGUGCGCUAUAAUUAUUGGUGAAAAUAAAUAAAUUUAUAUGCACUGAUGUAAUCUUUUGUUGCACAUGCAUCAAUUUUGAUGUCACUUUUGUAGAUUA